AUGACUGCCUUGCAAGAAACAAGUUCAGAAGACUUAGGUUUCAAGCUUUCGACUAAGUCGGAAGGUAUUCGCCUUUUCAAUGAUACGAUAGAUUUUCUGGAGGGAGAUAAAAAUGAUUUGAAUCUAUUAUCAAUUGGAAACUUGACGGGAUAUUUUGCAUGUUCCAAUAUAUCGUCCAUAGUUUUGGAUAAGCUCUCGUUGCUUGAGACGGGAGAUGUUGCGGAGGGGCAUGAAAUCAGACGAAUUGAAAACUUGACCAACGUAUCGCAAUUGGCGUUCAACUGCGAUGAGUCGAAGCUUUAUGCGGUCAUAGACGGAGAUUUGAAAGUGAUUGAUGUGAGUCAGUACGAAACAUCCGAAGUGGGUCCUGAAAUCAUUAAGGAAAUCGAAAAUAUUGAAGAAAGGUAUAUUCAGGGUGUCAAGGUUAUUCACCCGUCGCCUGGAUCGCCCGAUUCGGUUGCAUUAAUUAAUAAUUCUGGUGAAUUAAUCUUGAUUGAUUCAGGAGUUGCAAAUACAUUGCAAUCUGGUGUUUCUUCUUUUUGUUGGGCUAAAAAUGGAGAAACGAUAUAUUAUGGCACUUCUUCAUCUGCGGAUGUAACAGCUGUGUCUGCGAAUGGCGAAGUUCUUUUUAAAAUCGAGAAUUCUGCUGUAUCUGACCCAGCGGAGGUUAGCUUAGUUAGUAUCGCUGAGUUGGAGUCGAACUCUAAGUGGUUUGCUGUUUAUGAUAAGGGAGAAGGCGAACCAGAUGACCACGAAUACCAAAUCUAUAUCAUCGAAAAGGCUGAUGACCAUAAAUAUGAAUUCUAUGAAAGUGACAUUGCACCACCUUUUGGGUCAGUGACCCGCUUUGGUACCUAUUACUUGCUGUCUUUAUCUAAUUGGUCUUCUGGACAGACAUUGGUAUUUGUUACUUCGUCAUUGGCAACUGAAGUCAGCACCCUUUUUAUAAAUGCCGAAGGAAAGAUUGAAUCUGUCACUCAAUUAAAUGACUCUGAUAGAGCACAAUUUCCCAUUAACGAUGAUACUGGUGAUGAUGCAUCGCCAAUUGGUCUUGGUCUUGAUUUGACUUGUCUAGAAUCUGUUAUCCCAGAACCAUGUAGUGGAAUUGACGAGGCGAAAGGUACUCUACCAAAGCUCUGGUGUUUAACCCAUGAAGGAACAUUAAUAAGCUGGUGGGUUUUCGAUGUCCACGGCUUGAAAAAUGGUAAGGUAAAUCUACAAAGAGCGUUCGAUUAUUUAAAACAGGAAAUAGUUGGCUCUUUUAAACCAUCUGAAAAAAAAGAAAAUAAUAUCAACACGAAGUUUUUGAAUCCCAAUGAGUCCGCUACGUCUAGUGGUGAGAAUCCAGAACAGCCUAUAAAUCAACCCUUAUCUAAUACGCCAAAUGACAAAGCUGGCUUCGGUACAUCGGCAUUUGGUACUUCCAAGGUUGCAUCCUCUUCAUCAGGCGCUGCUUUUGGCUCAACUGGGUUUGGAUCUAGCUCUUCUGGUUCUGGUACGGGUACUAGUACUGGAUUUGGUUCAACCGGCUUUGGCUCAUUUUCUAAGCCCUCUGAAUCUUUUGGUUCAACCGGCUUUGGGGGAUCGAAAAAAUCAUCUGAAUCUGGGUUUGGCUCAUCGGGCUUUGGUUCAUCUAGUUUUGGUACUACCGGUUUUGGAUCCAGCACUUCUGGAUCAAAGAAUGAUAAUAAGUUUGGAACUACCGGGUUUGGUUCAAGCACGGCAAGUUCGAACAAUUUCAAGUCAGCGGGUGGAUUUGGAAAGUAUUCCAACAAUAAUACCAAUUCACAAAAUCAAAGUUCUCCGUUUUCGAGUUUAGGAAAUAAAGAAAGCCCAUUUGCUAGCGUUGAUAAAGAAGAAUCUCCAUUUGCGAAAUUUGGUAAGGGAGCUCAAUCUACAUCCGAAAAUAAAUCAGAGUCUCCGUUUGCUAAAUUUGGUAAACUUACAACCGAUAAUAAAGCAGAAUCUCCGUUUGCGAAAAUUGGUAAGGAAGCUCAUCCUACAGCCGAAAAUAAAGCAGAGUCUCCAUUUGCUAAAUUUGGUAAACUUACAACCGAUAAUAAAGCAGAAUCUCCGUUUGUUAACUUCGAUAAAGAAGCUCAAUCUACAUCCGAAAAUAAAUCAGAGUCUCCAUUUGCUAAACUUGGUGAGGAAACAUCCACAAGUGAAAAUAAAACAGAAUCACCCUUUGCUAACUUCGAUAAAGAAGCUCAACCUACAGCCGAAAAUAAAACAGAGUCUCCAUUUGCUAAAUUUGAUAAGGAUGCUUCAUCAGAAAAUAAAGCAGAGUCGCCAUUCGCUAAAUUUGGUAAAGAAGCUCAACCUGCAACCGAAAAUAAAACAGAAUCUCCAUUUGCGAAAUUUGGUAAGCCAGAUGCCACUUUUAACAUAACUCAAUCUUCUGAUUCGAGUAACCAAAGUGUCACUUCUAAUGAAGAGACUUCAUCUGAAACUCCAAUCGAAGAGGAAAUUAAGGUUGAGACCCUGGAUUUAUUGUCGCCCCUGAAUAAUGAAAUUAUUGAAAGCAAAGAUAAGGUCGCAAGUCAUGUAGGUAAUUAUGAAGAAAAACAAGGAUCAUUAUUCAAAAGUUUACAAAGAAAUGCAAUGGGAGCUGAUAAGCAAUCGGAUUCUGAAACGUCAAGUCCAGAAUCAAGUGAAUCUGAAUCUUCGGACGAAUCAGAUGAUAUUGCUGCAUCGAAACCAAAAGAUAAUGUAACAAAUCUUCUUGAAUCCAUGGAUAUAAAGUCCAAUGAUGAGCCAUCUAAAUCAGGACAUUUACAUGAGUCUACUACCAGAAUUGACAGGACUGAGAACUCUGGUAUUACGCCUUCUUCUGGUGCUAAGAAGCAAGACAGGAUUGACUCAAACCAACAAACUUUGACUCCUCCUUCGCCUCUCGAGUUUUUAACAUUUGACGGUAUCCGGGGACCUGUUAAAAAUGAAUCCAACAUCGUAUCAAAAAAAAUUGUUGAUGUUUACAACGAAACGUGUGGUUAUUUGAUUAUCAUGGAGAAGAAUGUACAAAGAUUGAGUAAAUUCAUCGACGAUCAUAAUACAACGGUGCAUAGGCCCGAUCCCAAAAGAUCAUUGGAUACACCGAACUUAUGGAGAUUGGCAUCUAGUACUGAUUUAAAUCAUAUUAUUGAUCAAGUUAAGCCUGUAUUAUCGAGUGUUUUAAAUUCAUCGCAUGAUUUAGAUUCUUCCUUAACUAAUUUAACCGCAAAAGUCGAAGAAAGCCAAGUACAAAGGGUCAAGAUUGACAAAUUGUUGACUCAGUUAUCUCUUUUCAGCAAAGACUCAAACUCAUUAGUACUAACAAAGCGCCCGUUGGAUUUUCAUAAUGAAUCAUUGCAAAUGUCUUUGCGCCAAAAAUUAAGAAGAGUGAAAGACUUGGAAAAUGAACUUAUAAGUAAAAUGAUGCCUUUCAAGGCUAGAUCGCGAGCAGACGAAAACAUCUUAAGGAAUUUAGAAAAGGUUAUAUUCCAAAUGAAUGAAAGCGCGUAUGACCACUUGAAAGAAAUCAAUAGCUUGUCGGUGGAAUUGUGUGAUUUAAAAUUACAUAGCGAAAGCGAUUCAGAAAUACCGAAGAAUAAUCAUAAACAGCAAAGCAAAAUGGCUUCUGUUAAAUGGAUUUUAAGUAAGGAAUUGAAGAAUAAUAACAAUUCCUCUCCUAGACUUGUUAGUCUUCAAAGAAAAUAA